AAGCAGCCAACCCAUGUCUCUCAGAUUAACACUGUGAACUAACAUUUUCAGACAACUCUAAUUUCAUUUUGAGCCCUCAGAGAACAAUCCACUUGUGGGAAACAUGAAGGAGUUUAGCAUCUUCUCCAUCUGGUUUCUCAACCUGUUGCUGCUGGAGAGCUCAUCAUGUGCUGCUGACUCAAGUGUUGUGAAUCCCUGUUGUUAUUACCCGUGUCAGAACUCAGGAGUGUGUGUGAGAUUUGGUACAGAUGGUUACCAAUGUGACUGCACUCGCACCGGCUUCUAUGGAGAGAACUGCACUGUUCCGGAGCUCUGGACCAGAGUUCGUCGCACGCUGAAGCCGAGCCCUUCAGUAGUUCACUUCAUCCUCACCCACUUCCAGUGGUUCUGGGACCUCGUCAACAACUCUUUCCUACGAGACACAGUCAUGAGAUUGGUGCUGACGGUCCGAAGCGACCUUAUUCCAAGCCCUCCGACCUACAAUACCAAGUAUGGAUACCUCAACUGGGAGGCGUACUACAACAUCUCCUACUACACCCGUCUCCUCCCUCCGGUACCUGAAGACUGCCCUCUGCCGAUGGGAACUAAAGGUAAAUCUGUUCUUCCUGAUCCCAAAGUGUUGACUGAGAGGUUUUUCAAGAGGAAGACAUUUAGGCCAGACCCUCAGGGAACCAAUCUGAUGUUUGCCUUCAUGGCCCAACACUUCACCCACCAGUUUUUCAAGACAGACCAUAAAGUUCAAGGUGGCUUCACCAAGGCUUUAGGACAUGGGGUGGAUGCGGGCAAUAUCUACGGAGACAACCUCAUUAGACAGCACCACCUCCGGCUUCAUACAGAUGGAAAGCUGAAAUAUCAGUUGGUAAAUGGUGACAUAUACCCUCCUACUGCAUCUGAGGUCCCUGUGCACAUGGUGUAUCCUGAAAACUUCCCUCCAGAGAAGCGUCUGGUCAUCGGUCAGGAGGUGUUUGGCCUCCUGCCGGGCCUCACCAUGUACGCCACCAUAUGGCUGAGGGAGCAUAACAGAGUUUGUGACAUCCUGAAGUCAGAACAUCCCACCUGGGACGACGAGCAGCUCUUCCAGACCACCAGACUCAUCAUCAUUGGAGAGAUCAUCAACAUUAUAAUAGAAGAGUACGUGCAGCAUCUCAGUGGUUACCUGCUGAAUCUGAAGUUCGAUCCCACCUUGCUCUUCAGCUCACGUUUCCAGUACAGCAACCGCAUCGCUCUGGAGUUCUGCCACCUCUACCACUGGCAUCCGCUCAUGCCUGACAGCUUCCUCAUUGACGGAGAUGAAAUCCCGUACUCCCAGUUUAUUUACAACACCUCCCUCCUCAUGCACUACGGGGUGGAGAAAUUGACGGAUGCCUUCUCCCGACAACCUGCAGGACAGAUAGGUGGAGGUCACAACUCUCAUGCAGUAGUGCUCAAAGUGGCAGAAAUGGUCAUCAAAGAGUCCCGAACAACACGCGUGCAGCCCUUUAAUGAAUACAGGAAGAAGUUCAACCUAAAGCCAUACACCUCUUUUUACGACUUAACUGAUGACAUAGAAAUGGCCCGAGGCUUGGAGGAGCUUUAUGGUGACAUAGAUGCUCUGGAGCUCUACCCCGGUGUCCUGCUGGAGAAAACGCGUCCUGACAGUCUAUUUGGUGAGAGUAUGGUGGAGAUGGGUGCUCCCUUCUCCCUCAAAGGCCUGAUGGGAAACCCCAUCUGCUCCCCUGAGUACUGGAAGCCCAGCACCUUUGGGGGAGAGACGGGUUUCAAUAUCGUCAAAACCUCCACUCUGAAGAAACUGGUGUGCCUCAACACCAAGUGGUGUCCCUACGUGGACUUCCAUGUUCCACGAAAUGAGGAGGAAACAAAACCAAAGAAAUUAUCAACUGAACUUUAAUAAUCAUAAAUCUUUAAUUAAUAAUCUGACUGUGGAAGAUAUAGUAGUUGUGUUUUAUACCUUUACAUCUUUGCCAUAAUCUCAUUUAGACCGGAUUUAAGGAGAGGAGUGAUUUUUAAUUCUACAUGUGCUAAUUCAGUGGUUUGAUUCAUGCCUGCAUUUAAUGACAUUAUGUUCAUUGAAGCAGGUCUACCUCCUAAAAAUACAACUGACAGUCAUGAGCAAGAAUAUUCCUUCUGGACAUCGGAAAAGUAUUAUAAUUUGCUAAAGUAUAUCUCAGUAUGAUUAUUGAGAUCUGUAUUUGUUUCCUCUUCUUUUCAGAGUGGAGGUAUUGUAUCACUAUAUAUCUUCCUGAGAACCAAAACAUACCUAAACAUGUGAUGUAGAAAUGAUUAGAAAAGACUUAAUUCACUGUAUUUUGUAUUGCUAAAAAUCAAAGUAAGAACUAGUUUAAAUAUUUGAAAUAAUGAUUAUUGUUGUUGCAUAUUAGUAGAAACAUUCAUGAUUUUGGUUAAAAUUACAUCCCAUAAAUGUUUAUAAUCUGUACCAAAGAAAAUGUUUUUUCCAAUUUAAAAAAAUAAAAGUUACUAUUUGGCCAUUC